AUGUUGGUUAUUCCAAUGGUGGUUUUAUUCAGUUCGAAUGUUGCUAUUCAUUAUGGUGAACGUGUAUUUAGUGCAAUUUGUAAUCAUUGUGGAGGUUACGGAGGUUUAGGAUACAAAGAUGAAGAAUUACUCAAUUUGAAUAUGAUUAAGAAGUCACUACAGAUUUAUAUAUUAACUGGUAUGAGAGAUAAUUAUUUGCAAAGUUGUGCAAAAGCGAAAAAGAUAUUUGAAAAUGUCGCAUGUUCUGUAACAAUGGAAAUUAUGAACAAUAGAGGACAUCGAUAUUAUGUAGAUAAAGAAACAGAUAUUUGGAAUUUUGUAAGUUUACAUCAAAUCAAAGAUGAUCAAUAA